AUGGCCACCGAGUCUGAUCUAGUGUUCUCUUCACAGGCCAACCACAACUUCUCACGCAUCCUCACAGACCUCAAACGGUCGAACCUCUCCAUAACCAACCGCCUACGCUCCAUCCGCGAAGAUGCAGACUUCGUCUCCGAGGUAGCCAGUGCAUUCAGGCGGCCGCUAGUCGCUAACGAGCGGUGCGGCAGCUGGUACAUCGCACCGGAGAGCAAGGCCGGGUCCGCCUAUUUCAAGAGCACCGACGGCCACGUCGGACAGUGGAAGUUCAGCACGCGGCGCCUCAACCUGCAAUUACUGAAGAUCAUCGGGGAGAGCGAUGGCUGUAUCAUUAUCGACUCAACUAGGAGGGGCAAGCGGAUGCCGGAUGCCCUCAGCAAGACGGUGCCGAUCUGGUGCUGCGUGCUGAACCACGUGCUGUUCCCCGAAGCUACAAAAUGCCACGAUGUCUACACGCCGCCAAAUGUGGUCCCGCUAUCAGAGCAAGCGCAGAUCGAAUCCAGAAUCGCGGAGCAUGUCGCCUCGUUGAAGGCGCUGGACGUGGAUAUAGAAACCCUCAGGCGGCAGGUCAGCAAGCCUCUUCGCCCCGUAUGGGUUACGCAGGAGUCCCAACUCGUCCCGACAGACCAGAUCUUCGACGACUUCCACCCGGUUAUCUGCUGUACCAGCUCACGACGGGUUCUGGGCGGGGAGAUGAGUGAGGGCGGGUACAUCCAGGGUGCUGGAGACGAUACCGAGAACUGGGCACUCGGGUUGACUCCCCCAGUCUUCUGGGGUAAUGCGGGAGUCCUAUCGGCCGCUCCCGAAGCCGACUUACCGGAUCUUGUGCGUUCAUUACUCGCAAAGGGACAAGCGGAAACGAAUACGGAUGCACCGAGGCAGGUUGCGCCGUGUCUGUUCGUCAGUCGACUGCCGGUCGCUACUGGUCAAUCUCCAUCUACCUGCACGAUAGCCUUCGCUUCGCGGACCAUUGACGCAAGCUCAUGGAUCAAAAGCCCGCUGCACAUGGAGGUAGGCAUUGGGAAGCAGAAGGUCGCCAGCCGGACUCUGCGUUCUGCUCUGCCCCAGAUUUGUGCAUUUGCACGGCAAUUUCUGGAGCAAGGUUCCGAUCCUCUACAAAGUUCAGAUCCUUUACAAAGUUCAAAUCCUUCACAAGGUUCAGACUCGGAUACUACGGAAGAAAGACAUAUAACCAUUGCGUGCGAGACGGGCAAAGAUCUAUCGAUCGGAGUGGCUCUAGCACUCCUGUGUCAAUGCUUCGACGACCGUGGGAAGUACGACUCCAAAGCAGCAGACGCCGGUAUGAACAAGAGCAUCAUCAAGUUGAAGCUCGGCCGCGUCAUGAUGGCAUUCCCGAAGGCGAACCCUAGUCGGGCGACGCUGCAGAGUGUCAACAGCUUCCUCAUGGGGUAG